GAAAUGGAUGAAAGAUUUAAGUUCUGACACAAACAGGAAAACACACUAUGAGCAUUUAUCCUGAAGGCAUCAACUCUUUAAAUAGCUACUGAGUAGUGUGACUGUUUCUCACAAGGACCAGAAACUCCACUGCUCUUUGUUUCGCUAGUCCUUGUAUGACUAGAGGCAUAAAGCUUUAUCCUAUCACAGUGUGUUCAGAUAGCUAUGCAUGUUUGUGACUGUAGUCUGGGAAAGGAUUUACUGCAACUGGAGGCAUGAAGAAACUUGGAUUCAAAUAUAUUUUGCUCUGUUCCUUUAAGGAUAUCAUCAGUGAGACUUUAUUCGGCUCCAAGAUUUUGGAAGGUACUUCAGAUUCUUAAACCUAGUGGAGAAAUUACUGUGUCUAUCUCAUCAGAGCUACUUAAAAUACAGGACAACAACAGAAAGGGGAGUACAGAGCUGGAGCUAUCAAUGCUGCAAGAAGAAAUGGUGCGUGCUAUUAUGAAAAUGAAGUCUGGAGAAACAUCAGGGAAAAUCCCUCCCUCAGUGCCGAAGAAUUAACAGGAUGCUUUCCAAUGAGUCCUUACGUCAUCCCAUGUUCAGCCGUUCCAAUUCCCAGGCCUCCGUGGAUAGCACCUCAAUGGAGGAUUUCUGGUGUGAAGUGGAAAGUAUCAAAGAAAACAGUGAACAAGGACAAGAAGAACAAACACUAUUAGAAGUCAAACCAGCUGAUGAGGGGGAACUUGAAGCUGAAUGGCUGCAAGAUGUGGGCCUAUCUACGUUGAUUUCGGGGGCUGAAGAAGAGGAUGGGCAAGCCCUGCUGUCCACACUGACCCGCACGCAAGCCGCCGCAGUACAAAGAAGGUACAACACCUACACUCAGACUAUGAGGAAGAAGAACAAACACACUGUCAGGGAUGUGCGAGACAUCUUUGGAGUUAAUGACUCUUCUCCCACGUUUGAGACAAUGCCAGUGUCACCAGUUCCUUCGAAUGGUAUCCAGCUUCCGGGACAGAAGCCAGUUUGGAAAUCAGUGAGUUCUAAUAGCUGUCUAGACUGUGGACUAGAUAAAGACAGCCCAUCAGUAACAGAAGAGCUAUCCUAUGAGGUUUCUUUCUCAGAAUCCAUCACAGUGGUCCCAAAAAACAGAGAACGGCAGAACAACCAGAGAUUCAAAAAGGAUGAUUCUGCUUUGCCUAAAUUUAUUGUUCGAAAAAGCCAAUUUGGCCUGACAGAGGUUGGAGACCUAUCUCUUGAAGACAUGAAGAAAAUUCGCAAUCUCUCUCUGAUUGAACUAGCAGCCUUCUAUGAUGCUUUGGGAAUAGAACUCAAGAGGAACCGAACAGAAAGACUCAAAGGACGAGAAAAUGGCCUUUUUGGAGUCCCUCUCUCAACACUGUUGGAAAACGAUCAAAAGAAGGUUCCUGGAAUAAAAGUUCCUCUCAUCUUUCAAAAACUGUUGCUCAAGCUUGAGGAAACGGGUUUAGAAACGGAAGGAAUUCUUCGAGUUCCUGGAUCUGCCUCAAGAGUUAAGAAUCUCCGUCAAGAAAUUGAAAUAAAAUUUAAUGAAGACACAUUUGACUGGAACCAAGUACGAAACAAUGAUGCAGCAGGACUGCUGAAGAUGUUUAUAAGGGAACUCCCAAGCCCCCUUUUCACUGUAGAAUAUCUGCCUGCCUUCAUCACACUAGUGGAAAAAGUCUCCAAGGUCAAGUUACAGUUACAAGCUUUGCAUCUGUUGAUCAUGUUGUUGCCUGAUGCCAACAGGGAUACAGCCAAGGCCUUUCUGCAGUUCCUGAAGAAGAUAGUUGCUAAUGAAGGGAAAAACAAAAUGAACUUAUGGAAUGUUUCCAUGAUUGUUGCACCAAACGUCUUCAUCUACAAAGGCAAACAUGCAAACCAAAAAGAGAUGCAAGCAGCAGCCACUACGGCACACAUAGUGAGACUUUUAAUUAAGUACCAGGACAUCCUGUGGACAGUCCCGUCCUUCCUGAUUUCUCAGGUGAGAAAGAUGAAUGAGGCUACAAUCAACAACACCAAAAGACAGAUGAUGUUUGACAAGGGUGUGAGAAGAUUGCUGAGGAGGAAGACCAUGGAACGAGAGAGACCUGAAAGAUCAGAGACUCACAUACCCGAGGGGGUGAUAAGAGUUUAUGCUCCACUGCAUUCAAAAGUUUCUAUGGCAAUUCAACUGAACAGUCAAACAAAAGCCAGAGACAUCCUGGCUCGAUUUCACUGUGAAAACAGCCAUGCAUCGUCAAAGAACACGGAAGUCCAGAUCCAACGUUUAUAUGAAAUUGGAGGAAACAUAGGACUGCAUUGUUUGGACCCAGAUGCAUAUAUGUUAGAUGUUUACCGUGCAAAUCCUCAAGCAGAAUGGGUGAUAAAACCAAAAUCAAGUUGAAGCUUACAAAGAUAUCACACCUCAGUGAUUUGGAAAAAAGCCAAAAAGAUGGCAAUGAUGCCUUCCAGCUCAAGAAGACCUGGCCACAGAUGAAACCAAAGCAUUUGUUAUUUUAUAUAUAUUCCUCCCAACGUACUUUACCAUUGAGCCUUUCCAUAUACCGAAUAGGUCUUGAGAGCUGUUACUCCAAUUUAUGGAACAUUAUACAAUGGUGACUCUCACAUGGAUUAUAUUUGUGCCAGUUGUUCAAUAGACGUGAAGGAGGAAGGAACAGAGGUACUUAGACACAACCUGUGGAAUAGAGUAUUUUUUUUCACUUCUUGACUUGAUGCUGAGAAAACACAUUUUUAUAAACAGAUAACACAAUGACAUCCAAGAAUGUAGUGAAUACUACCAACUGCAAGGUAAUGCAAAGGAAUCACCAUGGUAUGCAAGAAGGGAAACACAUCUAUUAAACAUGGACUAUGGAAGCUGGACUGACAGCCGUGCCAAAAUGUGUUUAUGUGAUAAACUCGAACCCUUCUGUCAAAAGCAAACCAGUUUAUAAUGUAAAAUGUACAUUGUUACAAUAUUUGUGCCGCUGACUCACUCCUCAUUAGUAGCUGAUACGGAGGAGAACGAACUACUGUGUAAAGACAAACAUACUGUUUAUGUAUGUUGUACUGUAUAUGUUACUACUAUCAGCCUUCUGAUACAUCUUUCUCCAGUGUUGACCACGUACCAAUCUAUUUGUAGCACCACUGCCUCACAAAUUAAACAAUACAUCCUCCCUCCCUCCUUCCCUCCUGUAUACACACAUGUAAAAGUGAUGGGGCUCUGAGACAGACACUAGUCUUCCCCUGACUAGUUUUCACUGACUAGUCAUGGGUUUAAAAUGUUUUCUGCAUAAUUAUCUUAAUAUGUGUGCUGAAUGUCUUAAAGGGGCCAUUUACAGACAUUACCCUUUCUCCAAAACCUAGUAUUUUCUAAUUUUUAGAUUAAUUGUUUUUCCUUGGUCUAUUUUAGUUUAAUGUGUAAGGUAGUUUUUAGUCUUGUCAGCAGUGUUCAGAAGAAAGAUCAUGUCUGACAAUUGUGUACUGAGGCACGCGUUUUAGGUUUUUCCUCUUCAUAGAGAUGGAGAAGAAGAAGAGUUAGAGUGGUAGACUUUAAGGUCAGAAGGGACCAUCAUGAUCGUCUAGUCUGACCUCCUGCACAACGCAGGCUGCAGAAUCUCACCCACCCACUCCUGUAAUAAACCCCCAACCUAUAUCUGAGCUAUUGAAAUCCUCAAAUCAUGGUUUAAAGACUUCAAGGUUCAGAGAAUCCUCCAGCAAGCGACCCAUGCCCCACGCUGCAGAGGAAGGCAAAAAAUCCCCAGGGCCUCUGCCAAUCUGCCCUAGAGGAAAAUUCCUUCCUGACCCCAAAUAUGGCGAUCAGCUAAACCCUGAGCAUGUGGGUAAGACUCACCAGCCAGACACCCAGGAAAGAAUUCUCUGUAGUAACUCAGAUCCCACCCCAUCUAACAUCCCAUCACAGGCCAUUGGGCAUAUUUACUGCUAAUAAUCAAAGAUCAAUUAUUGCCAAAAUUAGGCUAUCCCAUUAUACUAUCCCCUCCAUAAUCUUAUCAAGCUUAGUCUUGAAGCCAGAUGUGUCUUUUGCCCCCACUACUCCCUGUGGAAGGCUGUUCCAGAUGACAAGUAGGAUUUAUUAUUAUUUAACAUUGCUAUUUUGGUAGUGCCUAAAGGCCACAGGCAGGUUGGCCCCCCACUGUGCUAGGCACUGUACAAACAAGUAAUAAAUAGCAGACCCUGCUGCAAAUUGCGUACAGUUUAAAAUAUGAGAUUUAAUAGGUCAAGACAAACAAACAGGCUGGAUGGGGUUGGGGAGCCAGUAUAACAUAUUUAUUUACUAGAAUAUGCCCAAUUCUUAGCCAGUCAGUAGCAGUGCUCACAGCUUUUCAGCUGGCUAGGCAUGAUCAGGCUGUACCCUACUGCAUGCAUAGACAUAUGCUUGCACAUUUGCUAAGAAGAGAUGUGGUGAUGCUCUAGCAAUCAAGAAUUUAUUUCUCAAGCUGCAAAAACAGGAAGUUCUAGAUCCUUCAAAUUUAACAAGGGAUAUUUCUGCCAUUGGCAUAUUUACUGUAUGAUAAAUUCAUCUGUGGUAUGACCACCACGUCAGUGUUUUUUCUUCUUCGUGAAUUGGCCACAGGAAUAUGGAGAGAAAUAAUCCUUCAUUCAUGAGGUAGCAAUGGAUAACUGUUACGAACUGUGGCCCACAAAUAAAUGUGAAGUACUUUAUCUUGAUGAAAGAGCGUGUAGCUUGUGAUGGUUUGCUACAUCUGUGUAAUUACUAUUGUUAUAUAUUUUGAAACCUUACUCUAGGUUUUAGAUUACUCUAUAUCUUGCCCUCCACUACACCCAUGCCACCUUAUUGGUGGUACUUAGUAAGCAAAGCCAACCUAUGGCAUAUGGAAUAUUUCACUGUUUGAGUUGAGCAUAUAGGGGGCAGAAUUUGGUUUCCUGUCUUCAAGCUACAGGUAGGAUAAAAUUUAACAACAACAUUGGGUACCCUCACCUAAAUUUUGCAAAAUUGCUUUCCUUCAGCUCCAGGGCAUAAUAUGAAUCUCUGCCCAAUUCUAGCUAGGCUAGUUCUAGCACAGCUGUAAUAAAAACAAUAUAUUUCUUGUUUUCACAACUCUUUAUUCACGUGUAUAUGAGAGAUGUAGGCCAGUGGUUUGCAACAAGACUAAUAGCUCAAAUGUUCUAGUACAGAUUCUUACACUGGUUCCUUCUGUGGUCAAGUCACUUAAUCCCUCUGCCCCCAUGGUCUUAACUAUAAAAUAGGGCUAAUAAUACUCUUCUCAGGGGGGUAGCAUAAGAAUUAGUUAAGGUCAAAUUCUGCUCUCAGAUAUGUGCAUGCAGCCCCUGUGAGCAGAACAGGAGUUGUAAACAUAUCUUAUAAAAGGAUAAAUAGCUCCUAGGGAUUUUAUGUGCAAAAUCCUUUGUACUUAUAUACUGCUCUUCCCAUUCAAAGUAAUAUUAUAUUUAUUACCAUUGAAAGGGUUUCUAUGAUUUCACAGAAAUCCUGCACAUCUGAUAAAUAAUUUAAAAUGUAGGACCCAAGAUAACAUUUUCUGAAGUAUAUUCAAACACAUUUAACUUCUCCACCUUGUCCCCAAGCAUUCAGACUGUAACUUAGGCCUUGGCUACACUUACCAGCUAGUUCGACGGCUGGAAAUUGAAGUUCUGGGUUCGACUUAUCGCGUCUAGUCUGGACGCGAUAAGUCGAACCCGGAAGUGCUUGCCGUCGACUGCGGUACUCCAGCUCGGCGAGAGGAGUACCGCGGAGUCGACGGGGGAGCCUGCCUGCCGAGUGUGGACCAAGGUAAGUUCGAACUAAGGUACUUCGACUUCAGCUACGUUAUUCAUGUAGCUGAAGUUGCGUACCUUAGUUCGAAUUAGGGGGGUAGUGUAGACCAAGCCUUACUCUGUACGUUUUGGACUCUCAAAUGUAGAUUCCACUGGAAAUCUUGCUAAAAUAAAUACUGCUAUACAUUACACAUGAAGGAAGGCUGCUUGGAAUACCUUAGCCACUUCCCCUCUUUGCAUAGGGACAGAGGAAAGCCAAAUUUGAUUUAAGUAAAUUCAUCCUUUGAUACUGGAAUGAUUACUUUUUUAAUUAAAACUGUCACUUUAAUCCUUGCAUAGCACAUAAGUAUAAGCAGUUGGAAUAGACUCUACGAACAGUAUACAGACUGGUAAUAUAGGGCCAAAAUCUUGCUGUCAUUGAAUUAAAAAUUAAAAUUCCUAUUGACAUGAAGGAGAGAAGGAACUAAUUACCUAAGUCAUAUUUAUUGAAAGUUGGUGUUGUUACUUAUGUUACAAGUUUUACAUUGGCCACAUUGGCUAACAGGAAAAUAAAUAUUACAGCCAAAAUGUUCAAACAUGUGGUCUUGACAUUAGGCCUACCAGUUUGAAAAGGUUGGCUUAGGUUUUUGGAUUUCUGCUUCCGUUAGCAGCAGUUCCAUUCGAAGUUGUUACAUGUUGGUGUGUUAGGUAACAGAAUUGUGCAGUGAAAUAUUAAUAAGGGCCUGAACAUGUUUAGGAGUAGAACCUAUUCAACAACCUCCAGAGAUGCCUUAAGUGUUUACAUGCUCCAUGGGCUGCAAAAAGAUCAUUUUCUACAUCAACACACUAGCUAUAGGCAUGUAAGAAGUAGUUAUUAGAAACAUAUUGGAACAAUCCCACUCCUUUUCAUAUUGCUAAUGUCUUUAUAAUGUGUAUAUACACUGUAAACUACCUCAGUGCAUUUACCAGGAAAAAUAUUCUGGCUUAGAAGCAUUUUAUUCCAAAAGCUUCCUUAGUAGUAGCAUUGCCUACUUCUACUUGCCUCGCAGCCUUUGAUGUUGCUGCGUUAACAAUGUUUCCCUUCAGUGGGCAAGAUCUGGAAAUCAGCCAGUUUUAAAAAACAGGAUGACGUAUUUCUUGCUAAGAAAGAAAUUGUACGCCAGACAUGUUGCCUCACUCUUUGAUCUUAUAUCUGGUCAGAUUCAAAACAACUGUAGUGAAUCAUGAGAGGUUUGAAUGUUAGGUAAGAGAUCAGUUUUUAGAAACCCUAACUGUUUCAGAUUUUUUUUUUUUUUUGGCAGUUUUCCAUAAUAGGUCAUUCCCUUGGAAAAUAAUAUGAUGCCAUUAGGUGAAUCAAAUGUUUGUAUGUAUAUUUUUCCUUACCUCUCCUUGUUAGAAUGUUGACUGUUUUGUUACAAUAAAUUCCAUUCUCUGAAUAGUAGUGUAUUUGUAAUGUAGAACAUGUACAUUGUAUUUUAUCCAUGACAAAAAUAAAAACAAUGUAAACUAAC